UUUCAUUUAUUUUUCUUUAGAUUGUUCCCAAUGCUCUCAAAUACAAUUUAAAUAUUAGUUAUCCUAAAAAACAACAACAAAAAAACAGAGGAGACACGCUCUCCUUCGACAAUAUUGUAAUUAAUAUAUCGCCAUUUAUUAUUAUUUCUUUUUUUGUUGACUAUUUGGCUGCAAAGGAACUUGCUUCAAACUUUUAACACACAUUCAGAUUAUCUCCAAGCAUAUGUGUGGUUUUCUGAACAGUAGUAGCUGAGCAUACAUGGUGUUUACUCAUAUGUGAGUAAACAGAAAAAAACAAGCCUGCUGUUUUCAUAUGUAAGCCUGAUCACAUGGUAGAUUGUGCGCAUGCGCUGCUCAUUGAUGGAGUAAAUAUGGCCACUGGUACCGUCAGCUGGUAGCGCAGCAAAACCCAAAGCUGCCGCUGUUUGCUGCAGAAACCACCGACUGUCAACUGUCCGUCACCCGCUGCAGCUUGUCAGGACAACCGGGGCUCGAUGUCUGUGGCCAAUGCAAAACACACCGUUCUGGAUCCGGUGAUCCCGUACACUGGUCCCAUACCUGGAGGCCUGCAUCCAGGGGAGAUCAUCAUCAUCCAGGGUACUGUGCCACCAGAAGCUGACAGGUUUCAGGUGGACCUGUCAAGCGGCUGCAGCACUAAACCACUCUCAGACGUCGCUCUCCACUUCAGCCCUCGUUUCAGUGACUCCCCGUGUGUGGUCUGCAACUCCCUGCUGCAGGAGGAGUGGGGUAAAGAGGAGACACUCCACCAGCUGCCCUACAAACGCGGAGCCCCCUUCGAGACCAUCAUUCUAGUAAACAAGAAUGGCUUUAAGGUGGCAGUAAAUGGUACUCACCUGCUGGAAUACAAACACAGAAUUGCUCUGACCAGGGUGGACACGUUUUCUAUUUCUGGGAAUGUCAGGGUUCACGCUAUUGGCUACAUCCCAAACUCAGCAAUAUAUUCAGAGUCAGGUGAUUUGGGUCUUCCUUACAAAGGCAGUAUACUCAAAGGACUGAACCCAGCACAGCACAUCACAAUAAAAGGACAGGUCAGCAUGUAUCCUCACAGUUUCACUGUCAACCUCUGCAACAGCAAGACGGAGAACAUUGCUCUCCAUCUGAACCCCCGGAUGAAGUCAGGCGUGUUCAUCAGGAACUCGUACCUGGACGGAUCCUGGGGUCAGGAGGAGAGGGAGCUGCCCUUCUUUCCCUUCUCGCCGGGCGAAUACUUUGAGAUGCUUCUGCUCUGUCAGCCCCAUCAGUUCAAGCUGGCAGUGAACGGGUCACACUUGUUCGAGUUCAGGCACCGGGUGCAGGACCUGAGCAGCAUCGACCAGCUGGAGAUUAUGGGAGACCUGGAGCUGAAUGAUGUGAAGUUAUGGUGACUCGAAGCCAACGCGUUGUUGGUCAGGGUUCAGUUAGCUUACACUGACCCACAUGAUGGACGUCAGGUUUGAAUUUCAGGUCUAAGCUAAUCUAGCACUGUUACUGUGGUUGAUGAGGUUCGUCUAUGUGGUCCUGAUUGGACAGAUUCAUGGAUGACAGAAAACGGGACACACGUAUUUAAGCACUUAAGCUUAGCUUAUAAUUUAAAUUAUAUGCAGGUUUUAAACAGAGAAAAUGAAUAUUAGUUUUUUUGGUGCAAUGUGCAAUACAGAAAAACAAAACAUCUGUAUAACUAAUCUCAUCUUUGCACCAUCAUUGUGCAUGAAUGUAGUUUACAUUUCAUUAAUGUAUUUUAUCAAAAAACAAAUUUUCUAAUUUAAAAGAGCUCAUUCUUUAUCCUUUUCAAAUAAACCCGUUUAAUUUCUGUAGAAAUAUCAGAUGCACUUCAUACGACUCAUCAUGUGAAGACCCAGCCAGUAUUAAAUCAUCUGUGGUCCAGGGUAACUAUUUAAAAUCUAAUAUAUCUCUAAAGUCAAAAAUAGAUAUCUGUUCUGGAUUGUCUGUAUUGCCUUCUGUAGUGAAGAAGAGAAAUAGGUCUUGUAUCCUCCAUGUUUUGAUAAAUAAAAGACAACUGAAUGUCUUACUGAUA